AUCCCCCGGGCCCGCCCCCUCCGGGGCCGUCGGCGGGGGCGAUGGGGCCGAGCCCCGGCGGUCGCCGUCCGGCCUCGGCGUGAGUUAGUGGAUGGCUGAAAUUUGGCUCAACCAAUAAGUUGCUGAAAUGUUUUGCUGCUUAAGAACCGUGAGAAGGUUGUGGCUGGACAAGAUACUGCUGCAGUGCAUUCGUCAGUCAAGAACUUUGUCAGGCGCCGAUGCCAUCAAUGCUCUCAGACCUUUCUAUUUUGCUGUACAUCCAGAUUUCUUUGGCCAGCAUCCCAAAGAGAGGGAAGUAAAUGAAAACUCUCUGAAGAGGCUAAAUGGCUACUUGGAGAACCUACAGAAACCAGGAUUUCGUUCCUUUAAGCCAACUCAGCUUACUUUUUAUGUAAGAGAAAGAGAACCAAACUCUUCUAAUGUUCAGGAAUCCUUCAGUGCUUCAGGGUUUCGAGCGGUCAGUUUUACAUUACAUACUAGGGAUCUCCUGAGCACAGUACUAGAUAUUCUCAACUCCUGCAGUCUAUCUACAGACCAUGUGCAGAGUUUGAAUGGGAACUCUCAGCCCCACAAGGAAGCAAAAAGCACAGUGAACAGACCUAUCAAAUGGGAUAAGACUUAUUAUUCAUUUACUGGAUUCAAGGAUCCUGAGGAGGAACUAGAGCAAGCCCAGAGAGUGGAAACAACUUUACUGUCCUGGCUAGAUGAUAAUGCAGCAAGUGCAGUAAAAAAGCUGAAAAAGAGUUUGCCGCUUAGAAAAGAAUUAGAACGUUUAAAAAUUGAACUUUCUCAUGAACUCCAGCUCUCAGAUAUCAGGUGGCAGAGAAGCUGGGGCAUUGCUCACCGCUGUAGCCAGCUACAUAGUCUGGGUCGCUUGGUCCAACAGCGACCUGAAAUAUUGGAGAAUGUUAAAGGACGCACGGUGGUAUUUACAGACCGCUCGGGUAUGAGUGCAGCAGGUCACAUAAUGCUGGGGACCAUGGAUGUUCACCAUCACUGGACCAAAAUUUUUGAGAGACUGCCAAAUUAUUAUAAGCUUCAAAAAAGGCUGCUGCUUUUGGAAGAUCGGAUAAGCCAACUUUUGGGAGGCAUCCAAGUAAUAUACAUUGAAGAACUGCAGCCUCUGUUGACUCUAGAAGAGUACUUUGAGACCCUGAACUCUUUCUAUAAUAAACUACGUGACAGCAGAUUACCUUUUCAUCCUCGCAGUCUGCGAGGCUUGCAAAUGAUUCUGGAAAGUGACAGAUAUGCACCAAGCCUACAUGAACUUGGACACUUCAUGAUCCCAACCAUCUGUGAUCCAGCAGCUCUUCAAUGGUUUAUUUUUGCCAAAGCACAGGAAGCAAGAGAGAAUUUGAAAAGAAAGGAGGAGAUGAUGCUUAGAGAGAAGGAGCUAAUCAACGCUUCCACAGAAAGAUUUUCUUUGGACCGGCUGUAUAAGGAGCCCAGUGUUUCCAGUGCACAGAUGGUAGAUUGUUGUAAGAGGCUGCUGGAGGAAUCCUUACCCUACCUACAAGGCAUGCACCUUUGCAUUUCGCAUUUCUACUCUGUGCUGCAGGAUGGAGACCUGUGUAUACCUUGGAACUGGAAAAACUGAGGGAUGUAUCUGAUAAUCAGAUGAAUUGUUUUAUUUUCUGUAAGAGGUUAUAAAUAUGAAUGUUUUUAAGAGUAAAUUAUUUAAAUCUGUAUUUUGAUAUCAGUAUUCAGCUCACAAAUUUUCUUCCAACUGCUGCUGAGGAAGGAUUGCAGUUCUAGACAAUUUGCACAAUGCACAGUAUUGGUAGUCCUGGGGAAGACAUCUGUACAUUAUUCAUACUACUGUAGAAGUCCCAGUGUAUGGUUACAGUUGUGAAACCCGUUUUUGUAGUGAAUUCUGAAAAUACAUUAAAUUUCAAGUCUGCAAAAA